AUGAGCAUAGAGCACCUAAAUAGCAUUAUAAGAAAAGUGCCAAUAUUGCUUGUAGGGAGAAACAUGCUAGGUUUGUAGCAUUUUACGGGAUGGCUCCCAGGAAGGCAGUGGGCGGGGAGAGGCAAGCUGCUGCCAUUCAUGAGACUGUGUGCAACUCCCUAGCAACCUCCCUUACACACACUGGAAUAGAGCAGAGAGUUCUUACACAGCUAGGCAGUCACCUCUCCCUAGAGAGCGGAGAUCUCCCACCAGCCCUUCCCUGCCGUGAUCUGCUGAGCUGCUCUACCAUGCAACCUCGUCGGGCACCAAAGACCCUGUUCAACUAAACAAAUCUUGGCCAGGACACAUUAGUGUCCCCCUCCACUUACAGCCAUUAUGAAGUGCAAAAGGCUAGCAACUGUGCCCCCUGAUAUAAAAGAAGAUGAUUUUGAGGACUUCUUAGCAACAGAUGACUUGCUUGUAGAUUACUUCAAUGAAUUUCUAAGCCUGCCGACCUUUCCAGAACCAAUCAAGUUCAACAAAACUUUUGGCAUCUUCGAAGUUGCAAAUAAUGCAGGGGAACACCUAAAACAGCAGAUAAAACAAGUGUUACAGGACCUAGAAUCUCCAAAUCCCAUUUAUGAUGCUACCAGAAGAGUAACUGGCUUGAAACCUAGGGAUCCUCCUCCUCCUGACCUAAACAUUGAUAUUAAUUACAGUAUUAUGUGCUUGAAUCGAGAGCAAGGGGUUCAGUGGAUAAAGAGAGAGAGACUACCGGCUUUCCUAAAAAGUGAUUGCUAUUUUGAGUACAGACUUGCUAAGCUGCUGGCACAGGUAAGAGCGAGCAACUCUGGAGUGACGGUUCUUGCUGACCCAAAGUACCAACCAUGGCAACUUAGGAAAGAGAGUGCUCCUUUGCCAAAAACAGAAAACGAAGACCACAGCAUCAUGCAGAAAUUCUUUGUCACACUUGGCCAGGCUUCGUUUACUCAGACAAAGGAAUGGUUUUCAGUAGCAAAGGACAGUGUUCAAACCACUACAACUGAUUCAUUAAAUGGCACAGUCGAGUGCAGAACUGAAAUUACCAGUACUAGAAUGAAUUCACAGAUUAGUAAAGCCUCAGAAGGUAGUCAUAAUCAGGGAGUCCCUUGCAGGCCACUUUCUGCAAAAUAUCAUAAUGGAAGUGAGAUUGCUGUAGAUGAAGAAGAUGAGUAUGCUGUAUCUAUCACAGAUGCACCAUGUCAAACCCCUGCGAGGAUUUAUAUUAAUCAGGGGUCAGAUAAUUAUGAAGCACAAAACCAGAAAGCAAAUGACUCUCAAGGCCUGCAGUCUGAAAAUUCACCAGUAUUUCCCACAGUGGAAGAUUUUGCUCGUUCCUAUGUUGAGCAUGUUAUGAAAUCUGCAGUUUUAGAGCUAAGUGGGCAACAAGUCCAGCAAAGUAACAAGGACCUUGAUAUUCAUGCUUUAUCUGCAGUGACUAUCCGUAGCUUGCAGAGUUCCGAUACUUUAUUUAGCUCCAAGAGCUCGGAAACGUCCAUUCAAGAGGAGAUCAUUAUUUCAGAGGCUGACAGUGAUGAACUUGACACCGCUGACUCCUUCUGUCUCAGAGACACUGACUAUCACAUCAAGACCCGACGGGAGUUUGAAAUGUUUAAAUCAUUUCUUAAAGGAACUUCAGGGGAGAAGUUAUGGUGCCUCUGGAUAGACAUUGAAAGGCUUCAAGCCAUAAAAGACCACAAAAGGCAACAGGGUCAUCUGAAUAAGAUGAAGAAACGCUAUCUUGUGACGAGCGGGGACCUCUUUUUUACAAGAGAAUUACUGUUUAAACUGGAACUUUUGAAUACAAAUCACUGGAACAAAAAUCAUUUGCAAAAUGUGCAGAGUGAGGUGGUUAAACCAUUGCUUCUGUAUUGGGGGCCUAGAUUCUGUAUGUCUGAUUCUGCUUUGGCUUAUAAUGUUCACGCGGAGCUGAAAGCCUGGUCUGAUCGUCAGCUGAGACCCAAAAGAGAUGCUGACCCUUUUGCAAAGACGGUAACGCUGUUACCAUUGAGACCCAAGUCUUGCGCCCCAAGAAUUAGUUCAUCAGUUCAUCGUUUACUUGAACAGAGCCCACCUCUAAAAUCUUCAAAAAGAAGUAAGACGUGUUCUCCAAGUCGACAAUCCGGCAGCUUGAUUUUUGCAAACAUAAAACCAAAACAAACCAGCAGGAGUUUCCCUUGCAGUGCGGCUUAUAAUUCUCCAUCUAGCAUGAAACGAAAACAUCAAAGAACAAACAGCUAUCUGUCUGUGUCCCUGGGUUUGCCUAGAGAGAGUUUAAAUAUAGGAUCAGUGUAUGAUCAAGAUGUUCCCAAGGAUGAUUUGAGUGAGGAUGGUAGUACCACCAGCGUAUUAAGGGGCUCCAAUAUGGCAGAGAUGUUAAAUGCUCUGAAUCUGGACUCUCGAGCUGGCUAUUUCUUUGCUACGUUCUGUGAGAAGUCAGGGAACAAGUUGUGGGAGAAUGGGAUCUAUUUCUGGUUUGAUCUACAGUCCUAUCAUCACAAGUUUUACCAGGAGACACUCCAACCAUUUCAGCUAUGCAGACAUUCCCAAUUUCUGUUUGGCACGUACCUUGCGCCUUCUGCUUCCAUGGAUAUCGGAGCCGAGCAGAACAUUAAAAAAGAGAUUUACCAGAAACUUGAUCCACCUUUUGAGGAUUUAUUUGACUCGGCUGAAGAAUACAUUCUUACACUCCUGCUCUCUGCCUGGAGUCAGAUGACAGAGUCAGACAGACAGGUCUACAGCAAGGUGGAGCUGGUGGAGGAAUCUCGGCAGCUGGAAUCACCACUCUACAAAAAGCUGCAAGCUUUGCAGCAGGAGAGAAUGGCCAAGAAAAAUCAAGAUCAGAUAUACAAAUCCAUUUUCCUACCACCUCCUGACAUUGCCAAAGAGCCUGACCUCUGGGAACUGGUCCCUGAGGAAUACAGGAAUUAUAACCUCACCACCUUAAUUCGACACCGGAUGGAGCUUGAGCAUUUCCGCAAUUUUCUGGAAGAUCAUUUUGCGAGCAUGGAUCUCAUGUGCUGGAUAGACCUGGAGCAGCUGAGGAGAAUGCCACACAAAGAAAAGGAGAAACGCCAGGAAAAAUCCAAGGACAUUAAAGACAAAUAUUUAAACAAGAAGUACUUUUUUGGUCCAAACAGUCCAGCCACCAGAGAUCAGCAGGAACAGGUAAUGAAACUAGCAGGAGGCUGGGGCAAGAUUCUACAUGAUCGACUGUCGGCGGCGGUCCUUAUAGAAGUACAGAAAUACGUCAGAAUGAGGAUAGAGAGAAAGUGGCUUCCAAUGUUUUUAGCAACAGAGGAGUACAGAGAGCGCCAGAGAGUGCAAGGACAAAUGAAAGACGUUGCAGAAGAUGUAAUAUUUCAAACAAACAAAAAGAAAAUGGGAGUGUGGAAGCAUCUUGACAGUAAAUGGGUCUCAUCCUCCAAAGAGAUAAUUGCCUUUCGUAAAGCCUUAAUGAAUCCAGUAACUUCCAGUCAGUUUCAGCGCUUCAUUUCACUCAAAGGAGACUUUUUGGAGAAUGGACUGCUUUUUUGGAUUGAAGUACAGAAAUACAAGGAUCUCUGCCACUCCCACUGUGAUGAUUUCACAAUUCAGAAUAAAAUUACUGCUAUCAUUAAUUGCUUCAUCAACUCCUCCAUCCCACCAGCCUUGCAGAUUGACAUUCCCCAAGAGCAAGCAGAGAAAAUCUUAGAGCGCCGCCGGGAUUUAGGCCCAUAUGUAUUCCGUGAGGCUCAGAUGACCGUCUUCAGCAUCAUGUUCAAAUUCUGGCCGGAGUUUUGUGAUUUCCGUAGAAAUUUGACAGAAGAAAAGAUUUUACCUUUUCUGGAUAGAAAGAAAUUAAAGCAGACAGAGGCAGUGAAAAGAAGAAUGAGAGAAGAAGAGAGACUUGCAAAGCAACAGCAAGAGGAGGCUAAGAGGAAAGGAACAUUAUCCGACUUGUAUGGUGAUAACGAAAGCACUUACAGCGGGGACAGGUUAUCUGGAUACGGGGGACAUGCACGGGAUGGAUUUGCACAUGAUGGAUAUGUGGCAGAUGGGUUUGGACAAAGCAGGAAUGUAUCUUGGAGUUAUUCUAAGUAUGUUGAAGCUUUGGAGAAGGAAAGGAUGCUUCUGAAAAUUCAGGAAGAUCUUGAAAAAAAGUCGCGGAGCUCCCUUCUGUCUGAUAUUUCGUCUCUUUACAGUGUAAGAACAGAAGCCUCAAAAAGAACCAACAGAUCUUCAUCCGCACCCACUGACAGGCCUUCCUCUGUUACAUACUAGCGGUAACAGCAGCACCGGGCUGUAUACACAGUAAGGGUGACACAAACCUGAAGGGGAUCAGAAGUACCCUGCUGUCCUGAAAGCAAGAAGCCAUUUCAAUAAACAUCAUGCACUUGUGCUCACACUUAAACCAUACCCAAGCGCAACACAUGCCAUUAUUUAAAGUAGAAUACAUUAUUAAGAGGGUCUUCUUAGCUUAUAAGGACAGUUUGGGUAGAAGGGUUAACAAAAGGCACAUAGGGCAGUGGGGCAUUUUCACACAAAUUUCUGUUGAAAACAUACAUGUUGAAUUUUUCACACAAUUUCAAAUACAGAGCUAGGUGCUGAGGGCAGUCAGACCCAGGACACAAAUGCCUUUUACAUGAGCACUAAGGGGCAUGGCUAGGCCUCUUUUAUUUGUGUCCAGGGUUCAAGUAAAUGACUAUUGUAGCAUUAAAAUUUUUUUGUGAAUUUCACUGCUUUGAAAUCAAACUUCACAGAGAACAAGCUUUUAAUGUUUAUCCAGUAAAAUGUAGCCACGGGUCUGAAUCCUGCUGCAAGGCAGUGUACAAAUCCCAGGGACCUUUCAUGGACUGGUCAAAUUUGGAUGUGGCCAAAAUUUACAUUUAUUUUUUGGAGGGUUUGGGAUUUAGCCAAAUCACCACUAUUUUCACUUUAGAUUCAGACAAAUUUGAGUAUUGGCUAGAACUGAAUCUGAACCCUUAGGACACAUGUACAUUUGCUUUUCAUGUGCUAUAUCAGCCAAUUAGAUUGGGUCACCAAGCACUCCUCACACAGUUUUCCCAAAAGUGCCAAGAGCUUCUACUCUAUACUCUGCCUUGCAACUCACACAACAGGGUCAUUUACAGAGCAGAAUGCAGUGUUUAAUGUCCAAAAAAAGGCUGCUAUUGGGUGGGGGCAUAUAGGCAUAUAGGCGUCCCCCCUCCUAACCCCCCUAAUGAUGUGGUUAACAGCAAAGCAUAUAAAAGGUGAAAGAACAGUUCAGUGUAAAAAAUGAAACUGGGUAAAAUAGCCUGCACAGAAUAAAAAAUAUUUCUAAUAUAGUUAGUUAGGCAAAAAUGUAAUCUAUAAAGGCUGGAGUGAAUGGAAAUCUAAUAAUAGCUAGAACUCUACUUUCUGCUUUCAGCCUUCUAAGCUGUUAGCGGUCAGUAAUCAGUGACUUGAUGGGGGCCAUAUGGGAUAUAACUGUAUGAAUCUGACUUGUGUGCUCACAAACUAACUGAACAGUUAUGUCUUAUAUGCCCCACCCCCCAUCAAGUCACUGAUUGGUUACUGACUGCUAACAGCUUAGAGUAACUAAGAGGUUAGAGAGCUGAAGUAGAAGUAGGUAGAAGGAAGUAGUGUUCUGGCUAUUAUGUUAUGAUUUUAGACAUCUGCCCACUCCAGCCUGUAUAGAUAACAUUUUUGCCUAACUAACUAAAUUAGAAACAUUUUUUAUUUUGCAGUCUUUCCAUUUUACCCAGUUUUAUUUUUACAGUGAACCGUUCCUUUUAAAGUUGACAACUAAGGGCAGAUGAUGUGUUUAGCAAAUACUGCUAAAAUGUAAACAUGCUAAUUUUAUUCAGCUGUAUCUUUUAAGUAGAAAAUUCAGUAUUUGGUCGAAUCCAAAAAAUAUCAAUAUAUAUAUAUAUAUAUAUAUAGAUAUAUUAUGCUGUAAAAUAUAAUUAAAUAUCUAUGGUUAUUUAUCAAAUAUCUUCUUCAGAAACAGAUACCUGCUGUACUUCAUUUGUAUUUUCCAGAAUUAAUAUUUGUUCAAGUCAUAGUUCUACCUUUUAAAAUUCAUGUGUUUGUGUAUAUAUCAGGACAAACAUUUUUUGAUGGAGCUGUUUUCCUCUAUUAAAAACUGGAAAAUGCAAUGAUUUAUAAA